AUGGCUACCACCGGAUCCCACAACGUGAACAAACCCACAGACAUCAAACAGAAGGAGGCGGAUGUCAACCGCAAACUCCAAAUCUACGGCAUCGUCAAUGCAUUCCAGAACGGCAAGGUUCCUUCGAACGACCAGAUCGAUGUCGCCCUGAACAGCUUCCUCGAGUCUAAGGCACUCGCGAGCCCCUCGGACAAGCUCUCCACUGAAGGCAAGGCGCUCGUAGCCGACGUAAGAGAUGUUGUCAAGCAGGCCAAACACCUACUCCUAUCCAAGAAUGAGGGCAACCUGCUCCAGGACUUCAUUUGGCAAACCCAGCAGUUUGACACCAAAGUUGUUUCGGUUCCCGGAGCUCCCGUCGAUAAGGAGACGGCCCAGCAGCAUGGCAACCAGGCGCUCGAGGGGCUCCGCACGCUGGGCACCCUGAUCAUCACUAACGGCCAGUUCCGAAAGUUGCUCAAGGAUGCCACCAUCCUCAUUCGUGACAUGGCGGGCGAUGCCGCAACUAAUGCCGCCGCUCGCGUCAAGCCCUCAAACGAAGAUCUUUCCCAGAUCGACAAACCUGCCGAGGACAACACAUGGCACGAAGCUCCCGACUUUCAAAAGUCCAAGGAAACCAUGAAGAGCAAGGUUCAAAGGGUAUACAAGGGCAACCCCAAGGAAGAUGCCAAGGCCAUCGUCAACGAAGGCACGUCAGCCGCCCACCCCUCGGGAUCAUCGGACCCUCGGGACCUAGCAUCUGCUGCGGCUCAGGAUCGUCAGAUCGGAGCUUCAUCAGGAGUCGACACCCAGGGCAGUGCUUAUGCUGCCGCCGACACCGCAAAGCGCCGUGUGGAAACCAACCUUGACGACGAGACCAAGGAGAAGGCACGAACCAAGGCCGACGAGUAUCGGGCCCGCACCAAGGCCUAUUUCUCUAAAAAGAUGCCUCAGGAACGCCGUGACCAGACCGUCUGGCGCCUCAAGAAAAUGGUCCUCGAAUGCCAGCAGCAUCCCGAUUACAAUCGAGCUAUUAAGACACUGCUCGAUCUAGCCGAGGAGUACGGUUCUCACGCGAACCGGCUAGCCAAGGGCGGUUCGGGUACCGUGCAGGACGCGCGCUCCGGUCUUGCCCAGGCCGAAGGUGACCUCAAGACGUUGAUUGAGCGGUUCGCCAACGGCACCUCGACUGAUGAUCUUUGGGCCUCGAUCAAUACGAUUUACGAGGACUCGGACAAAGACGAGGAGCUGCGCAACUGGUUCAAGUCGAUGAACCGCUACGUCAGGCGAUGCCUUCAGGAGCAGGGUUACAUCCUGGACGACGCCUCCAACGAAGAGUGGAACCGGCUCUAUGACCAUGGCAACUACCUUCUGCGUAACAAAUACCGUGCCCACACGGACCGCAUCGUAGACGAGAUCAAGUUCGUGGCCGAUCAGUUCGAUCAGGACCCGCAGAACACGGCGUUUGGCCAAUCACUUACCAAGCUAUUCACGGAUCUGGGCAACGAUGAGAACGGCAAGCCGACGUUCAAGCCCCAUCUCAUCAAGGAUCUAACAGAAGUCAUCAUUCCCGCCGUCUUCGAGAAUGUGGCCUAUAUUCCGGUCCCGCGCAUCGAGUACUCGGAUCCCCAGUUUGACGCCAUUAUCGAGAAUCUCGUACUCGAGAGUGACAACUUCAUGCCCAAUGUGCUCGAAAUUGCUAGCGAGAACUACAUGCGCUUUGGGCGCAAGAAUCUAGCAAACAAGAAUAAACACUCGAUUGAUGUCAAGGUGGCAGGCAUCCAGAUGGAUCUGCGCGACGUCAGCUACUACAUCAAGCGCAAGCAGGGCUUCCCCUCGUUGACCGACACUGGCGUUGCCAACAUCCUCCUAGCUGGGGAAGGCUUCACCUUCCGCAUGAAGAUGGCCACGGCCGAUGAGAGGGACUCGCAGAACUUCUUCAAGAUUGACAAGGUGGACGUGGAUGUCAACCAUCUCCACAUUAAGCUCGUCAAGUCCAGCCACAAGCUGCUGUUCAAUCUUUUCAAGCCUCUGAUGCUCAAGGUCUUGCGUCCCGGUCUUCAGAAGGCGCUCGAGAAGGCGAUCCGUGACCAGGCCAAGAAGCUCGACACCAUGAUGUACAACAUCAAGCUUGAAGCCGAUCGGGCGCUUGAUGAGGCCCGCGAGGACCCUGAACAGGUACCCAACAUCUACAGCCGCUACGUCUCGGCAGCCCAGAAGCAGAUACUCCUAGGCAAGCAGAAGGCGCAAGGUGCGGUGGCGGAUAAGAAGGUCAACUAUGCCAUCACUAAGGAAGACAGCAUCUUCCCCAACAUCCAUCUGCCGGGCGGCAUCAGCUCCAAGGCCACUGAGUACAAGGAGCUCGCCCGCAAGGGUGACCGUUGGGAGAGUCCCGUCUUCUCUAUCGGCAAGGCGGCGAAGAGCCGCGACAUCCCAAGCGCCCCGCGUGUCACGCGCAAGGCGCACGCCGCAAGCAGCCAGCCUGGCCUGGGCGCUCCCACGGGACAAAACAAAUAUGCCCUGAAUGGCAGCGCAGUGCCGAACAGCAAAGUGAAGCCGAGUGUCAUCACUCCUGCGACAGCAGCGGUCAGAUCUUAG